AUGUCCCUCUCCAAACUCCCAAAUGAAGUGAUCUUUCUGAUCGCCACCCAUCUGGUCUGCUACAGGGACCUCAAGGCUCUCGUCCUGUCCUGUCGCGGAUUGUACCAUCUCUUGGAAGAAUACCUUAGCAAACACGGCUACCAGAAUUGCCAUGGAGACGCUCUAUGCUGCGCCGCAGUCCACGGGGAUGAAGAACUCGUCAUGAAACGUCUAGAGAGAAUGGCAGCCGCCGCCGAGUCCUUUCAAGGCCAGCGUCCAAGAAAUCCAUACCAGCACACUCGAUGUUCCGCCAACUUGAGCAUCGAGGAUAUAGUUCUCAUUCAGCGUGCGCUGCUGGUAGCCGUGCAAGCUGGUUCAAAGCGCGUAGUCAAUCUUCUUCUCGACCACGGCGCGCAGAUCCUCUUCCGGUGUCCGUUUGGCUACAUUAACAACAUCUCGCCGCUCUAUCUCGCCGCGCAGAACGGUCACGAGGACCUCGUCGAUCUUUUGUGCGAGAGGGGAGAUUUUUGCUACGACGAGGAGACGUGUCCGCUCCUUUGGGCAAUCGAGCAUAAUCACCGCCGCAUAAUUCGCACCCUACUCCGCCACGAAUCGUGCGAUCAUCGCUGGUAUGUUCUGCCGAUGGCCAUGAACCGCGGAGACUCGGGCAUGGUGCGCUUCCUGCUGGAAAACGGGCUCCAUAAAACGAAAUAUGCGCAUGAUGUGCUGUUUGCAGCGAUUUCCAAGGGGGACCUGGAAAUGGUCAGAUUGUUCAUCGCCAAUGGCGCGGAUCCGAACCGGCUGGCCGAUUGCUACGACAGGAGGUGGGAGAGAAAUCACGUCAAGCUUCUUCCGAAGAUGGAUAGUCGCUCCCUUCUGGAGCCUGGCGGCCUGGAGGAUGAUGGCUUUGGGCAUUGGUGCGGCUUGUGUACUGAGGAGGAGCAGGUUUUCUAUAGUACCACCUACGUUGCGAUUUAUUAUGACCAGAUGGAGACACUGAGGUUUCUGCUCGAGUACGGGGUGCAUCCUGAGCCGGAGGACCUUCAACUGGCGCGGAAGAAGGGGAAUCAAGAGGCUGUCAGUUUGCUUUCUCCAUUUUCUUAUACAGAUGUACCGCAGAAGAAGCGUUAUCUUGAUGAGUGA